AAUAUAGAAGAAGGAUAUGUCGGAUGGUGGACGAUCGAUAUGUUGGGUGAGGGACGAUGGAUAGAUGAUGAAUGGUGGGUUGUAAAUGAAAGACGAUGGGGUUGUAAACGAAAGAUAAUGGAUAUGUUGGGUGAUGGUGGAUGUUUCGGAUGGCUGUGGACGAUGAAUGAUGGGGUUGUAAACGAGAUGAUGAAUAUGUUGGAUGGUUGUGGACGACAGAUAUUUGUGAACAAUGGACGAUGGACAAUGAAUAUGUUGGGUGGUUGUAUACGAGGGACGAUGGAUAUGUUAGAUGGUUGUGAACGAGGGAUGGAUAUGUUGGAUGGUUUUGGACAAUGGAUAUUGUUAGGUGGUUAUGAACAAUGGGGUUGUAAACGAGGGACGACGGAUGAUGAACGAUGGUUAUAG